AUGUCAGCAGUGCCAGAGGCAGAGCCGUCCGGGUUCCACACCCGGAACGAUCCUAGCAACCCGUUUCAGCGAGAUAACAUUAUCGACCGGAACAAGGGCCACAUCAUCAUCCAGAGCGAGCACGUGGAUGUUGCGCACGGCUUCAUGUCCGAGGACAGCGACGACGCAUGCUCGCUAGUCGUCGUCGCCUUCCGGUUCGACCCCAACGGCGUGGCGCGCCGGAUCAAGGAGGCCCAGAUCGUCAUCACGUUCGCGGCGCUGGAGAGGGGGAAAGAGGACCCCGAGGUGGUGGGCAUGGAGCCCAACGGGACCCUGUUCAUCGAGCCGACGGUGCAGCACGAGACGAACACGGUGGGCGGGGCAAUCAAGGCUAGCGGGGCGGGCGCUGAGAUCAAGCUGCUUGGCUCGCACACGGUCGAGCGCGACACGACGGAUUCGGCCCGGGUGCGAGGCUCGAUCGACCUGCGGAACCGCAAAUGGGGCGGUAAGAACUCGGUGUCGUGGUCGCUGCUCGAGAACGCAACGGCAAAGUCGGGCGUCGUGACGAGGCUCCAGGCAGCCAUCCUUCUGAAGCGCCGCGACACGGCCCACUUCAAGGCAACCGUCACCGUCAGGGUCGUGGCCGACACCUGGACCGCCCUGGGGUCUGUCUUCAAGGCCGGCUCCAUGAACAGCGGCAGCGACGACGACGACGUCUGGUAUAACCCAGACAGAAAGCCGCCCAGCACCGACCGCCUGCAGAAAUACGAUGUCGACAAUCUCGGCCACGUCGACCUCAAGCUUCUCAGCGAUGUCGCCUUCCGAACUCUGCGCGUCGGAUCGAUCAGGGAGGGGUAA